UUUAUUCAACCCCUAUAUUUUAGAGCCAUGCUCAAUAGCAGUGUUCUCGGCGCUCAUAUGCCCCUAUUCAAAAAAAAUCCUGCGCAUUAGGUCAGGUCGUGACAUUGAGUUUCACCUGGUGCGACUUUAAUUUCCAGAAAGAGUGUAUUAGCAUUUUCUUUGUUCUAUCUCAUUUUUACAGAACAUGCGUAAUCCCAUUAAACCAAAAUCAAGAACAAGACGAUUUGUUGAAUUACAAGAUGACACAGGUUUUACUUCUGCUCAGUUUGAAAACCAAGAUCCACCAAUUCCUUGGAAUGCAAUUGGCCUUGCCAUUUUGCUUUUCUUAGCUGGAGGUGGAUUACUAGCAGUUGGAAUUCUGAUUAAGAUUGGACAGAUUACUUCAGAAGAAUGGUUAUCCAGAGGUAUACCGUUUAUUGUACUUGGCAGUAUCAUGUUUAUUCCAGGCGCCUAUCAUCUGUACAUUGCAUACUAUGCAUAUUACAAGUACCCUGGCUAUGACUUUUCACUUAUACCUGAUUGGGAUUAACCCCACUUCUGUUGUACAUAUAUUCAUUCGAAGCAAAUAACCCAAUAAAAUUAGUGUAUACUCAUCUGCUUGAUAUAAAGAAGACUCUCAUUCAUGUCAUGGAGACAAAUCUUGGUGUCACGGCAACCUGUUAUUUAGACUACAAUUUCUUAUACAUGGGUUAAGCAUAUCAAUAUGAUAAAAAUAUCAAUGAUUAUCUAUGAAUAUAUACAAAAAGCGCCAACUGCUAAAUAGACACAGA